AUGGCUCAGGCAGCGGACAAGGCUCAGGCAGCGGACAAGGCUCAGGCAGCGGACAAGGCUCAGGUAACGGACAAGGCUCAGGCAACGGACAAGGCUCAGGCAACGGACAAGGCUCAGGCAACGGACAAGGCUCAGGCAGCGGACAAGGCUCAGGCAGCGGACAAGGCUCAGGCAACGGACAAGGCUCAGGCAGCGGACAAGGCUCAGGCAGCGGACAAGGCUCAGGCAGCGGACAAGGCUCAGGCAGCGGACAAGGCUCAGGCAGCGGACAAGGCUCAGGCAGCGGACAAGGCUCAGGCAGCGGACAAGGCUCAGGCAGCGGACAAGGCUCAGGCAGCGGACAAGGCUCAGGCAACGGACAAGGCUCAGGCAGCGGACAAGGCUCAGGCAGCGGACAAGGCUCAGGCAGCGGACAAGGCUCAGGCAACGGACAAGGCUCAGGCAGCGGACAAGGCGCAGGAGCUGGACAAGGUUCAGGCGCAGGACAAGGCGCAGGUGCCGGACAAGGUUCAGGCGCAGGACAAGGCGCAGGAGCCGGACAAGGUUCAGGCGCAGGACAAGGUGCAGGUGCCGGACAAGGCUCAGGUGCCGGACAAGGCUCAGGAGCAGGACAAGGCUCAGGUGCAGGACAAGGCGCAGGUGCCGGACAAGGUGCAGGCGCAGGACAAGGCGCAGGUGCCGGACAAGGUUCAGGCGCAGGUCAAGGCGCAGGUGCCGGACAAGGCUCAGGUGCCGGACAAGGCUCAGGAGCAGGACAAGGCUCAGGUGCCGGACAAGGCUCAGGUGCCGGACAAGGUGCAGGCGCAGGACAAGGCUCAGGUGCCGGACAAGGCUCAGGAGCAGGACAAGGCUCAGGUGCAGGACAAGGCGCAGGUGCCGGACAAGGUUCAGGCGCAGGACAAGGCUCAGGUGCCGGACAAGGCUCAGGAGCAGGACAAGGCUCAGGUGCCGGACAAGGCGCAGGUGCCGGACAAGGUGCAGGUGCCGGACAAGGCUCAGGCGCAGGACAAGGCUCAGGUGCAGGACAAGGUUCAGGCGCAGGACAAGGCGCAGGUGCCGGACAAGGCUCAGGUGCCGGACAAGGCUCAGGAGCAGGACAAGGCUCAGGUGCCGGACAAGGCGCAGGUGCCGGACAAGGUGCAGGUGCCGGACAAGGCUCAGGCGCAGGACAAGGCUCAGGUGCAGGACAAGGUUCAGGCGCAGGACAAGGCGCAGGUGCCGGACAAGGCUCAGGCGCAGGACAAGGCUCAGGAGCAGGACAAGGCUCAGGUGCAGGACAAGGCGCAGGUGCCGGACAAGGCUCAGGAGCCGGACAAGGCGCAGGAGCCGGACAAGGUUCAGGUGCCGGACAAGGCUCAGGCGCAGGACAAGGCUCAGGUGCAGGACAAGGCGCAGGUGCCGGACAAGGCUCAGGAGCAGGACAAGGCUCAGGUGCCGGACAAGGCUCAGGUGCAGGACAAGGCUCAGGUUCCGGAAAAGGCUCAGGUGCCGGACAAGGUUCAGGCGCAGGACAAGGCUCAGGUGCCGGACAAGGCUCAGGUGCCGGACAAGGCUCAGGUGCCGGACAAGGCUCAGGUGCCGGACAAGGUGCAGGCGCAGGGCAAGGAGCAGGUGCCGGACAAGGCUCAGGUUCCGGAAAAGGCGCAGGUGCCGGACAAGGCUCAGGAGCAGGACAAGGCUCAGGUGCCGGACAAGGCUCAGGUGCAGGACAAGGUGCAGGUGCCGGACAAGGCUCAGGUGCCGGACAAGGCGCAGGUGCCGGACAAGGUUCAGGUGCCGGACAAGGUUCAGGCGCAGGACAAGGCUCAGGUGCCGGACAAGGCUCAGGUGCCGGACAAGGCUCAGGUUCCGGAAAAGGCUCAGGUGCAGGACAAGGUGCAGGUGCCGGACAAGGCUCAGGUGCCGGACAAGGCUCAGGAGCAGGACAAGGCUCAGGUGCCGGACAAGGCUCAGGUGCAGGACAAGGUUCAGGCGCAGGACAAGGCUCAGGUGCCGGACAAGGCUCAGGUUCCGGUCAAGGCUCAGGUUCCGGACAAGGCUCAGGUUCGGGACAAGGCUCAGGUUCGGGACAAGGCUCAGGUUCCGGACAAGGCUCAGGUUCCGGACAAGGCUCAGGUUCCGGACAAGGCUCAGGUUCCGGACAAGGCUCAGGUUCCGGACAAGGUGCAGGCGCAGGACAAGGCUCUCUUUGCCUAAGCUACGAGCAAGGAUACAAAACGGGAUAUCAGCAAGGAUUAAACGCACGUCAAGGCUAUAACUACAACAACGGUUAUAGGUUAGAGCACGGUACACCUAGCGGGUCAGUACUAUUACAAAAAGUAAUUAUCUAAAUUAUGAGG